CAGUCACCGUCCUUCCCUCUGCUUAACUUCCCACCGAACCCGCCCUUUGCGCCGCGGGAGUCGACAAUGACUUUAGCAACCAUGAGACAGCGCGCGUCCCUCGAUAUCAUCGCCGACAGAGGCGCAAUCAUUUCCAACCACGCCCCGAGCAGCACCGUCGCCGAGCCAGCAGCAGCAGCACCCGACCAGCUCACCCGACAACAACAACAGUCCGCCCAGCCUGAACUCAUCGACCUUGCCGUUGACGCACAAGACGAUGGCCGCUCCACUUCAUCCAGCAGCUCGCCAGCGCCCGGCGGUGACAAUGAGGAAUCCGAUUUCUUCCUCGGCGCAAAUGAUUCACAGUCCUCUCUCGGCGUACCAAAUCUCCAGGACAUGCAGGUCAACGAUGAGGACUGCCUUCCGCCCAUCAACCGGCUGCCAAACGAGAUCUUGAUCGCCAUCUUUGCCAAGCUCAACAGUCUAUCUGAUGUCUUCCACGUCAUGUUGACAUGUAGGAGAUGGGCUCGCAAUGCGGUUGACAUUUUGUGGCAUCGUCCAUCGUGCACGACAUGGGACAAGCACGUUCAGAUUUGCAACACUCUCAGCUCAGAGGCUCCGGCCUUUCCCUACAGGGAGUUCAUCAAGCGCCUCAACCUUGCGUGUCUGCACGACACCGUCAGUGAUGGCAGUGUUGUUCCUCUUGCCUCGUGCACCCGUGUCGAACGCCUCACCCUCACAAACUGCGGCAAGAUUACCGACACUGGCCUCAUCCCAUUGAUCACUAACAAUGAUCACUUGUUGGCACUCGAUGUUUCCAACGACAGCCAAAUUACGGAGGCUUCGAUCUAUGCUAUUGCCCAGUACUGCAAGCGACUCCAGGGUCUCAACAUCAGUGGAUGCCACAAGGUCUCUCCAGAGAGCAUGAUUACUCUUGCCGAGAACUGCAGGUUUUUGAAGAGGCUCAAAUUGAAUGAUUGCCAACAACUGAACAACCAAGCCGUCCUUGCCUUUGCCGAGCACUGUCCCAACAUUCUCGAGAUUGAUCUCCACCAAUGCAAGUUGAUUGGCAACGAGCCUGUUACAGCACUUAUUGAGAAGGGACAGGCUCUCCGUGAACUUCGACUGGCCAACUGCGAGAUGAUCGACGACAGUGCUUUUUUAUCGUUGCCGAACAGGACGUUUGAGAACCUGCGCAUCCUGGAUCUGACAUCUUGUGACAAAUUGACGGAUCGGGCCGUGCAAAAGAUUAUUGAAGUCGCGCCUCGACUCCGGAACCUGGUCUUUGCCAAGUGCCGCCAGCUCACAGACGAAGCUCUGUAUGCCAUUGCUGGUCUAGGGAAGAACCUGCAUUUCCUCCAUUUGGGCCAUUGCCACCAGAUCACGGACGAGGCCGUUAAGAAGCUUGUUGCCGAGUGCAAUCGCAUUCGCUAUAUUGAUCUUGGUUGCUGCACCCACCUGACGGACGACUCGGUGAUGAAGCUGGCCACCUUGCCCAAGUUGAAGAGAAUUGGUCUCGUCAAAUGUGCCCAGAUCACAGAUGCAAGUGUUAUCGCUCUUGCGAAUGCCAACAGGCGAGCACGCUUACGAAAGGACGCGCAUGGAAAUGUCAUCCCCAACGAGUAUGUCAGCAUGAGCCACAGCAGCUUGGAACGCGUUCAUCUGAGCUACUGCACAAAUCUUACUUUGAAGGGAAUCUUGCGGCUGCUUAAGUGCUGUCCGCGACUCACCCAUCUCAGUCUCACAGGCGUGGCUGCCUUCUUGAGAGAUGACUUGGAGGUAUUUUCUCGGUUUACCCAACACCAACGCGAUGUCUUUUGCGUGUUCUCAGGUCAAGGCGUUGUCAACCUCCGCAAAUAUCUGAACCAGGAACAGACAUUUGCCGACCUUGGACUUGGAGAAUCAGCCGGCGGUGUUAACGGGGCUGGCCGAGACACUCCAACCGGCGAGGUCAUUCAUGCCAACAAUGGCGAUGCCGACGAGACGGAGGUCGAUGUCGUGGACGACGACCCGGAGGAUGACGAUAUGGCCGAUGCUGCUCCACCUAACCCAACCCAUCAACAACCACCGCCUCCCCCGCCGCUCGCUCCAACACUUCAUCCUUUUAACUAUGUAGGGGGCCACCCGCCUUACCUACCCCAGUCGGUUCCGUUCCAAAACGGUCACAUGGCACCCCAACAUCCUCCAACUCUUCACCACGGCCUACCAAUAGACUACGACGUUGUGACAUUGUCUGCUCAACAAGCUCAAGUUGCUGGACCGAGCCCCUCGCCAUCCACUGACUCUCCUGGCCAAGUUAUGGGCACGACGAUAGUUAAUCCGCCAGCGAGAAUGGACCGCGACGGACCUGGUAACCCUCAAGAUUCGGCUUAG